AUGUUAGUUCUGGUAUAUCUAUGUUACUGGGACAAACUGUAUCGAUCACAACUCCUCGUGCGCUCAGCAGGGGGCGCUCGGGAGCCUCUUAAUUACGCCCCACCCGUCCUCCGCUUCUCCUGCACCCAGCACCGCCCCUGCCAGCUGCCCCGGUGGAUCCACACUCCGCCCGCAGGAGCAGCAGUACAGACGCCUCUGCAACUACCUCCACAACCACUCACAACCAGGAUUACAACUACACCGACUGGAUCCCCGGCUCUACCCGCUCUGGCUUAA